AGAAAAAUGGCUCUGACAAAUGGCUCUAUUGUGACUGAAUUCAUUCUCUUGGGUUUAACAGAAGAGCCCAGACUCCAAAUGCCUCUUUUCUUACUCUUUCUAUUAAUGUAUAUGAUCACAGUGUUGGGUAAUUUGACUUUGAUAAUUUUAAUUGUGUUAAAUGCUCACCUACACACACCCAUGUAUUACUUCCUCUUUAACUUAUCUUUUGUAGACCUCUGCUAUUCUUCUGUGAUUUCACCAAAGAUGCUGAUGAAUUUUGUACUAAAGAAGAAUCUUAUCUCUUAUAUGGGAUGUAUGUCCCAACUCUACUUCUUUUGUUUUUUUAUUAUUUCUGAAUGUUAUGUGCUGGUGUCAAUGGCCUAUGAUCGCUAUGUAGCUAUCUGCAAUCCACUUUUGUAUAGUAGUGCCAUGUCCCCAAAGGUGUGUUCUUAUCUCAUGCUUGGUUCAUAUCUGAUGGGAUUUUCUGAUGCUAUGAUACACACUGGUUGCAUGCUUAGGCUGACCUUCUGUGACAGAAACACAAUCAACCACUAUUUCUGUGAUGUCCUUCCUUUGCUGCAGCUCUCCUGUACCAGCACUUAUGUCAAUGAGACAGAAAUUUUCAUCGUAGGAGGGAAAGACAUUAUUCUGCCCAGUGUCAUCAUUUUUAUAUCUUAUGGCUUCAUCCUCUCCAGUAUCCUUAAAAUAAGAUCCACUGUGGGCAGAUCCAAGGCCUUCAGCACCUGCAGUUCCCAUAUAGUUGCUGUCUCGCUGUUCUUUGGCUCAUGUGGAUUUAUGUACCUGAAACCUUCCUCUGCUAUAUCAAUUGAUCAAGGAAAAGUCUCUUCUAUAUUUUAUACCAUUGUGGUUCCCAUGUUAAACCCCUUAAUCUAUAGCUUGAGAAACAAUGAUGUUAAAGUUUCCCUGAGAAAGAUACUGAAUAGGAGGAAGCCUUUAAUAUAA